CCCCGGCGCCGCUCUGUAGAUAUCACCUCAGGCCUCCGCAUAGAUCUUGAGUCCCGUCUGACCUGAACCUGCUCCCGCUUCAACGACACUCUAUCGUAAAGAUCGAGCUAGUCCCCUCGGUUUCGUCGCCGGUCUCUUGCACAUUAUCCUGGGCGGUGCUGGUCCGCGUGCUCGCGCGCUCUCUCUCAGCUAUAAUAUGGAGCCUGUCGUCUCCCCGGAAGUCACUGCCGAGCUCACGCAGAUUCUCUCCAAUCUUGUUCUCGGAGACAACGAAAUCCGGCAAAAUGCAGAGAAUGCCGUUAACGAACGCCUUGCUCAGACGCCAGAGCUCUAUCUUCUGGCUCUGACACAGUUUGCAAUAUCAGCCGACACCGAAGUGAUGCGUUCGUUCUCGUUAGUCCUGCUCCGACGGCUUCUAUUCCGUUCAUCGCAAGCAACCCCGAAAGCAUCGGGUACCAUCUCCACUCCAUUGUCCGAUCUAUCGCUAGCCUCCACCAGCCAAUCUACGCUUUAUGACCACCUGAGCGUCAAUGCUCACAACGCGCUGGAACGCUUACUCCUUCAUUCACUGGCGCGUGAGCCCGCAUUGUCAGUUCGAAGAAAGACCGCGGACACCGUUUGCGAGCUGGCGAACGAGGGUAUGGCCCGGGGUAGGCCCUGGCACACUCUGCAAGCGCAGGUGUUCUCCAUGGCUCAAGCCUCAGGUUCUGAUGCGGAACGCGAUGGACGCGAAGUGGCAUUUCGGGUUUUCGCUGGAAGCGUGGGCUUGAUCGGCGAUCUGCAGGUCGAAACGGUUGUCGGCGUCUUGACGCGCGGUUUGCAAGACUCGGAAAGCCUCGAGGUUCGCCAUGCAGCGCUGAGGGCAUCCGUCUCAUACCUGUCGUCCAUCCCGCCUUCAGACCGUACACAGCUGGCGCAGUGCCUCGGCCUCCUCCACCCGAUGCUCGAGAUUCUUCCAAGCUUGCCACAUUCACAGCUACCGAAGUUCCUUGCCACCCUCACACCGCUCACGUCAGUACACCCCGUCGUAUUCCAGGAACACAUGCCAGCUUUACUCUCCUUUUUCUCUGCGCUUGUCGUUCCCAUGGCGGAUGCCGGCCCGACUCCGACCGUUGCUAGGCCUUUUCCAAGUAAAAACGGCAACGGAAGUCCAGGACAAGAUAGAGCGUUCUCCUUCGACUUCGUUACGACACCCGGAAAGGGGAAGGAGAAGGCUCCGGAAGACGAGGAAAAGGAAGAGCGCGACGAGGUUCGCAAGGCGGCGCUAGAGUUCAUGGUCAGCCUUAGCGAGGCCAAACCAGCCAUGGUGAAGAGGGUGAGCGGCAAUGGUUGGGUAGUGGCGAUCGUUCGAGGUUGCUUGGAGGGGAUGGGCGAACUGCCGGAAGAUGAUGAUAUGCUGCAGGCUUGGCUGGAUGCAGAUCCUGCGGAGGAUCCUACGGAUGAUGUAUACCCGCAUGUAUACGAGCAAGCAUUGGACCGCCUUGCUUGCGCGCUUGGGGGCAAGUCGGUGCUGCCCCCCUCGUUCCAGUACAUUCCAGCGAUGAUGAAUUCGCAUGACUGGCGGCUAAGACACGCUGGGCUAAUGGCUAUAGCAGCUCUGGCAGAAGGCACGAGCAAGAUCAUGGUGAACGAAGUUGGUAAGGUCGUCGCCCUGGUUACGCCAAUGUUCGGAGACGAUCAUCCCCGCGUGCGGUAUGCCGCUUGCCAAUGCGUCGGCCAACUGUGCACCGAUUUAGAAGAGAUCAUUCAGGAUAAAUAUCAUGAGCAACUCUUCGGGGUACUUAUUCCAACUCUCGAGGCACCUGAGUCACGGGUUCACGCUCAUGCAGCAGCGGCUCUCAUCAACUUCUGCGAAGGUGUCGAGCACGAUACCCUCGUGCCCUACCUGGAUCCCAUUGUCGAACGGUUGCUGAAGCUUCUGCACUCCGGGAAUGCACAGACGCAUGCGAAGCGCUACGUGCAGGAACAAACAAUCACUACAUUGGCUAUGGUUGCAGAUGCCAGCGAGGCUACGUUUGCCAAGCAUUAUCCGGCUAUUAUGCCUCUACUGUUGGAUGCGCUAAGGAAUGCGAACGGUCCCGAGUACAGAAAACUCAGAUCUAAAGCCAUGGAAUGCGCGGGUCUGAUCGCGAUCGCUGUAGGACGGGACGUGUUCCGCCCUGACGCAAAUGCUUUCAUCGAGCUCCUUAUGCGGAUACAAAAUAGCCCCGUCGACCCUGGCGAUACGAUGUCCACCCACUACCUAAUUGCCACCUGGGCGAAGGUCUGCCAAGCCAUGGGCCCCGAGUUCGAACCGUAUCUCCCCGUUGUCAUGCCCCCGCUGCUUCAGGCCGCAAGUGCGAAAGCCGAUGUGUCUAUCUAUGAACCUAACGUAACAGAUGAAGAUGAGGGUGUUGAACAGAAGGAGGGCUGGGAGACUAUCAUGAUGGAUGGGCAACAGGUUGGGAUCAAGACAUCUGCUAUAGAGGAGAAAUGCCAAGCCUUCGAAACUCUGGUGAUCUACUGUUCCACGUUGGGCCCCCGCUUCGCGCCAUACCUGUCCCAGAGCCUCGAACUGGUCCUUCCGUCCUUGCGGUUUUUCUUCCAUGAUGGUGUCCGGGAAGCGCUUAUUCCUAUGCUCAUGUCCUGCGGAAAGAGCAGUGGUACUCUGACGCAACAGAUGGUUGCCGCCACGUUCACACAGCUGGUCAAUUGCAUAAGUGUGGAACCUGACUCUUCUUUCCUCGCAUCCCUCUACAAGGCCUUCGCCGACUCCCUCCGCGUGAUAGGCGGUCCCGCCGCUCUUCCUCAUGAAUUCCAUGCGGGCAUUGUCGAGGCUACUAAACGUCAAUUACAAAGCCUUGCUGACAGACGCAAAGCACGGUCUCAACGAUCGCCGGCGGAAAUUGAAGACGAGAAAGAGGACUUUAUGCUCCUUGAGGAGAUGGAAGAGUUCGCACUUGAAGAUAUGACAAAGCUGUUGAAAUACUUCGAUCCAAAUCACCCGCUACUAGUUGCAGUGGCAAGCGUACGAGAUUUAGGUUUGGGUCUGGGACAGUGGGACGAGGAUGGGCAAGCUGACGACUAAAGGACAGGCGAGGGACGGUGAUGCAUUGGUUUCCCUUCCGUCCCAACUAUCCUUCGCAAAGACUAGGGAUUACCAUCAACAUACAGUAUAAUAGCAGAGCUGUCAUGCUCGGUUUUCCUUUCUCCUGGCAUCAAUGUAGCCUACUUCAUGUAUUUACUAUCCGAGUAUGCCGUCCAGAAUGCUGAUAAUCUUCUUCACUUCUUCUAUCGUGUUGUAGUGCACCAGGGAUAUGCGAACCACCCCAUCAUUCACGUCGAGCUUGGGCUUCAGCUCGUCGACAAGGGUGUAUGCGUAGAAAUGUCCAUAGCGAAUUCCAAUGCCGCCAUGCUUAUCAAAGACGUUCACGAUGUCCUUGCUUUUGAUGGGUUGUUGGCCAACAACCACGAAACUGAUGGUUGGCACCCGACCCAGUCCUGCCAUUUCCUCCCCGACGAUACGUACGCCUUUGUCGUACUUAGAGAGAAGGUAGUGUAUGAGAGGCUCAACCAGAGUUUGCUCAUGCUUCGCGAUGACAUCGAAGGAUGCGACGAGGUCGUUCUCGGCGCUCAGGGAAAGUAAGUACGGCACCACGGCCGUGGUUCCAUAGACAAGCUCGUAGCCCGGGCCGCCAGGCUGUAACUUGUACGUAUGCUUAUCAACCUUCAAGAAGUGAUGUGCAAUGGAAGUGAUGGAGUGCUCCAAAGCAAGAGCUCGUAUAUAUAGGACGGACUGGUGGCAGGCGUAAACCUUAUAAAAGGAAAAAACGCAAUAAUCUACGUCCCAAUCGCGAACGUCGAUCCUGCGAUGUGGUGCAUACGCAACACAAUCAACGGACACCUCAACUUUGUUCGCUCCCCGGGCAGCAGCUGUUUCGCGGACGGCCUUGACGACCUCCUUCACCGGCACGACGGAUCCCAGGAUAUUGGAGCAGGCCGUGAACGCCACGAGACGCGUUUUACUCGUGAUCAAGGGAAGAAGAUCCGAGACCUUGAGAGAGAUCGAGUAAGGAUUGGAUGGUGAUACAGUGGUCACGUUCGGGGAGGCAUGCCAGUACUUGACGACGGCCCCAGUCCUGUUGGCUAGCUUCUUCCAUGGACCGCCAUUAGCCUCGUGUUCCCCAGUGACUAUCAACUCGUCCCCUGCUUUAAUGCCAGCCUCGAGUCCACGAGCUAGAUUUUCCAUCAACAUCGUAGAGCUCGCGCCGUACGCAAUUUCAUCGGGGCUUUCUGCGUUAAAGAGCUUUGCAGCUUCAACGUUUCCUUCCGCGACCCUCUGCGUGCU